AUGGCCUCCUCACCCCCAACCCUAAUCUUCAACUACGACAUCUCCUGCCCCUUCGCCUACAUAGCCUCGACCCGCGUGCAAUCCCUGGCCCGCCGCACAAAUGCAACCCUGAUCUACCACCCUGUCCUCCUCGGCGCCAUCUACCGCGCCACCGCCGCGCCCCAGGGCGCCGGCGGCAGCGCCAGCGACGUCUUCAACUCGACGAAAAAGAGCGUCACAGCAACGGGCAUGCAGCGCACCCUAUCCCGCUACCAAAUCCCUUACCACCCCCCGCCCAAGCACCCCCGCAAAACAGUAAAUGCGCUGCGCAUGCUCUAUUGCGUCCCCGAGCAGGACAAGAGAAGGCAACUUACGGACCGGCUGUUCCGCGCGUACUGGGUUGAAGGGCGAGAUGUAAACGACGACGCUGUGUUACUCGAGAUUGCACGCGAAGCCGGUAUUCACGGGCUUGAUCGGGCUUGCUUUGCGAACGCGGAGGCGAGAGGGGAGUUGGAGCGCGAGACGGGGCUGGCGAUUGAGAGGGGUGCGUUUGGGGUGCCUGGGUUUUGGAUUCCGGGGGCUGGGGAAAGAGAGGGGGGAGGAAGGUUUUUUUGGGGUCAGGACCGCAUGCAUUUUGUCGAGGCGACGCUGCUUGGACUAUCGGUGGCGGCGGCGGCGGGUUCUGGGAAGGGAGGCCAAGAUGCGUGGGUUGGAGUGAAGAAUUUGCGGUCGCUGCUUCCGCGUGUUGUGCAUUCGAAUCAGUUGCCUUUUGCGAGUAAGUCGGCUGUUAGACUGGAGUUUUGGUUCGAUUUCUCGUCGCCGUGGGCGUUUUUGGGGUACACGCAGCUUGCGCGGUUGCAACGCACGUUUGGGCCUGGGCUGGAGAUUGUGCUCAAGCCGUUCUUGCUGGGAAUCUUGUUUCGCCAGAUAGGGGCCCCGAAUAUGCCGAUGAUGGCGGUGAGCCAGGCGAAAGCGGAGUGGUCGAGGCGUGAUCAUGCGGAUUGGACUAGGUGGUGGAAUGCGGUCGAUGUGCAAGAGGGGCAACAAGAGGGUGGCAAAGGGAAAGAUGGGCCGAUCAAGUUUUAUUGGGCUGAUAAGUUUCCCAUACGUACGCCGACGGUGCUUAGAGUGGGGAUCGUGGAGCCGGCGGCGACGAAGGUCUUAUACUCAGCAUGUUGGGAGCAGAACAAAGACGUGGCAGACGAAGCUGUACUCCAAUCAGUUCUUGAUGAAGCAGGAUUCAAUGGCUCUGAUCUCAUUGCGCGCGCCAAUAGUCCUGCCGUCAAGGAGAAACUGCGAGCUCUCACCGCUGAAGCCAAGGAAUUAGGGCUUUGUGGUGCACCUACCUAUCGUGUAUUGAGACGGCAACAGGACGGAGAGUUCAAGCCUGUAGGUGGCUUAGUGUGGGGACAAGAUGAGAUCAGUGUUGUUGAGGACUUGAUUGCUGGAUGGUCGCCUGAGGAGAGCAACGGCCAGGUUGCUGAAGUAGGCAAGGUCAUGUAUGAGGAUGUACAAGGCGGAAAGAGUGUUGGGGCAAAGUUGUGAUCAUAGUCACCACACUGUCAUUGUGGCUGGAUAUUUAUGUAGAUGACAUGGAACAUGAAAGAAUCUCGGGUUAUCUCACGGCGAUUUUCAAAUUUAUUAAAACC